AUGGCGACGAAGUACGCGGAUGAAAUCAAAAAGUUCUUUGCAACAAAUGCCAAGACUCGAGAUGUUCAGGCACAUACUGCUAAAGUUCACUCAGUAGCCUGGAGUUGUGAUGGUCGCCGGCUUGCAUCGGGAUCAUUUGAUAAAACAGUCUGCAUUUAUAUGUUGGACAGAGAUAGGCUGACAAAAGACUACACAGUAUUUCGUGGACAUGGUGCAAGCGUAGACCAACUGUGUUGGAACCCACACAAUCCAGAUCAGUUGGCAACAGCAAGUGGAGAUAAAACUGUGCGCAUCUGGGAUGCUCGCACAAACAAAGCUGCUGCAACUGUGAACACUAAAGGUGAGAACAUCAACAUCUGCUGGUCUCCAGAUGGCAGCACCAUCGCUGUCGGCAACAAAGACGACCUGGUCACUUUUAUUGAUGCCAAAACUCACAGAUCCAGGGCAGAAGAACAGUUCAAGUUUGAGGUCAAUGAGAUCUCCUUUAACAAGGAUGGCGACCUGUUUUUUCUCACCAGUGGUCACGGCAAUAUUCAUAUCUUUAGCUAUCCAGAACUGAAGACACUGCAUGUAUUAAAUGCCCAUCCAGCAAACUGUAUCUGUAUAGAAUUUGAUCCCACUGGCCAGUAUUUUGCGAUAGGAAGUGCAGAUGCUCUAGUCAGUUUAUGGAACUUGCCAGAGUUAGUGUGCAUGAGGACAUUUACACGGCUUGAGUGGCCUGUACGGACACUGAGUUUUAGCAAUGAUGGGAAGAUGCUUGCAUCCGCCUCCGAGGAUCUGGUUAUUGAUAUUGGUGAGGUAGAAACAGGAGAGAAGCUUCACCAGAUAACCUGUGAUUCCCCAACUUUUACCGUCGCCUGGCAUCCAAAACGAAACCUUCUAGCAUACGCUUGUGACGAUAGACGGGACAGAGACGCUGGCAUAGUUCGAGUGUUUGGCUUCCCCUCUGACACUUAA